AUGGCUAGUGAGGAUAGUUUUCUAGUGCUAGUACACCACAGAGGAUCGAUUAAGAGAAAAACUCGGUCUGGGGUGAAGUUCACGGAUAAGGAUCCUCUAUGUAUUAUCAUGAGCCCCGCCACCAGUUACGAUGGUCUCGCGAGCUCUGUGCUUGGCAAACUUGGUCUGGAAGGAGUGAAGAGAGUUAAGAAAUUUUUCUAUCGCAUUCCAAUCACGGUGCUCCACGAUACGGUGAAGUAUGAUUGUUUCACGAUCGGGAGUGAUGAGGACUUGCAGGUCAUGUUUCUUUCUCGUAGGCAAUUUCCGGAGGUGAGGACACCAGAGCUAUUGGCUAAGUUCGUCGACGUGGUAUCUAGCUCUGGUGGGCCGAACCGGAAUGCCAACACUAUAGCCACGGCGGCCGGUUCGAGCUCGAGACCUGCGGUUGCUUCUUCCUCCGUUCCAGUGUAUGAGGCAGCGGUCCAACCUGCCGCCUCCCCAUCGUUUGCUGUUGAUCUCGCCGGCAAUGUUGGAGACGCGGUUGGAUAUGAUGAACAUCAUCCGACUGAAGUACAGUGUCCUCCUCCGACUGGUGUUGGCGAGGCAUUGUGUGAUGAUGCAGAUGAUGAUGAAGUCGAGCCGGAUAUUAUCGCUGAUGAAAGCGGUGAUGAUGUUGGUGCGAGUGAUCUGAUUAUGCCUAUUGGUGGUUCUAGUUCUGGCAUCAAUCAGUACCCACCCCAUUUUUCAUCGUUGGAUCUGGAUGCCAUGAGGCAGGACGGACAUCUUGGGCAGCUAGCUGGAUUUGGCGCUAGAGAUAUCGACGGGUCUGCCGGUAUAACAGAGUUCCAGGUUGGUCAACAAUUCCAGGAUAAAGACGAGGCGCUGUUGAGUGUCAAGACGUAUAGCAUCCGCCGAGGGGUACAGUACAAGGUGGUUGAGUCUGACUAUCGCCGGCACGUGGGAAAGUGUUCUGAAUUUGGGAAUGGGUGCACAUGGUUGAUUAGGCUGAGCCUCCGACAGCGCAAGGGCAUCUGGGAAGUCAAGCGGUACAACGAGCCGCAUACCUGUCUCGCCACCUCCAUCUCCAGCGACCAUAGGAGCUUGGACUACCACAUGAUAGCGACAUUCAUCAUGCCAAUGGUUAGGGCUGACGCAUCCGUCAACAUCAAGGUGCUUCUAAAUGCAACGGCAACACAUUUUGGCUUCAGGCCUACCUACCGGAGGGUGUGGAUGGCCAAGCAGAAGGCGGUAGCAAUCAUCUACGGGGACUGGGAUGAGUCGUACAACGAGCUCCCUCGGUGGGUCUUAGGAGUUCAGUUGACUAUGCCUGGCACUGUAGCAGUCCUCAGGACAUGCCCUGUUCGAGUUGGUGGACAGGUGGAUGAGUCUCAGGCUUAUUUUCAUAGGAUGUUCUGGACUUUUCCCCCUUGUAUCGAAGCAUUUCGGCAUUGCAAGCCGUUGGUGAGUAUUGACGGCACCCAUCUAUAUGGCAAGUAUGGGGGAACGUUGCUUGUGGCGAUUGCACAGGACGAGAAUUUCAACAUACUCCCUGUGGCAUUCGCACUAGUUGAGGGUGAGAAUGCUGAGUCAUGGUCCUUCUUUCUCUCCCACCUCCGACAGCACGUGACACCUCAGUCGGGUCUGUUAGUUAUUUCAGAUAGGCAUAACGACAUCAAGGCAGCACUUGAAGCACCUGAUGGGGGAUGGCUACCUCCGUCUGCAUACCGGGCAUUCUACAUUCGACACGUUGCAGCGAAUUUCGCCCUCAACUUCAAGGGCAAAUAUGCCCGGAGGCUUCUUGUGAACGCCGCAUAUGCGAAGACCGAGGUGGAGUUUGACUACUGGUUCGACAUCCUGCGCUCUGAGAAUCCGGCAAUGUGUGACUGGGCGAACCGAAUUGAGUACUCUUUGUGGACACAGUACUGUGAUGAGGGCCAGAGAUUCGGUCACAUGACGACCAAUAUAUCAGAGUGUGUCAAUUCAAUCCUAAAGGGGUAA